AACGACGUGGUGAUCAGCGGUUCGAAUGAGGUGGAAGGCGGCGGCACGAUCGUCGUUCGGUGCAACAUCACGCUGAAAAUGGCCAACAAGCAGCUGCCUUCCUACGUGCUCUGGUACUUCAAUGACACCCUUCUGACCUUCAUCCACAGCAGUAAGUACAAGCAACAGAUUUUCACGCGCCAGAGGGGCCUCGUCGCUGAACUCCGAGUGCACGAUGCCCAGCAGAACGACAGCGGCUGGUACAAAUGCAAAGCAGACAACAGCCCACCGAAAUCAAUGCCCGUUUACGUGAACGGUACGUGUACUUCAACCUUCUUCUGUUCUGACCGUGAUGGAAAUGUAUCCUCGAUGUAG